AUGCCUGAACAUGACCCUGCGGUAUUAUCCUAUUCGCAUCUGUCGGACUUCCCUCGCGCUGAUAAUGCCCUACACACCCUGAAAAAAGUGGCCUCCAUGGUGAAGCCAAUAAUGAGAGCACGAGGGUGGAAGGUCAAGCAACUCGUUGAGUUCUAUCCAGAGCAGCAAAAUCUUCUAGGCCUCAACGUCAAUAAAGGGCAGAAGGUAUGUCUGCGCCUGAGAUACCCCGGCGACCGCGACCAGUUCAUGCCAUUUGAAUCCGUCGUCGAUACGAUGCUCCACGAGCUCUGCCACAUCGUCCAUGGACCUCAUAACGAACAGUUCCACGCCCUGUGGGAUCAGCUGCGCCAGGAGCAGGAGGGCCUGAUCAUGAAGGGCUACUCAGGCGAAGGGUUCCUCUCCCAAGGCCAAAGGCUCGGGGGCAGUAGUGUGUCUCCUCUGGAGGCCCGCCGACUGGCUCGGCAACAGGCAGAGAAGCGCCGUGCCCAGGGUCAAGGAACCGGGUUCGGGAGACGGCUCGGGGGCAGUGGUGUAGUGCCAGCUCGUAACAUGAGGCAGGCCAUCGCAGCCGCUGCAGAGCGAAGAAAGAAGACCAUGGAGGGUUGCGGGACCCAGCGGCUGACGGAGAAGGAGAUCUACGACAUUGGCGACACUGCCACCAAGAAUGGGUUCCGCACACAGGCAGAGGAGGACGAGGCAAAUGAAGUGGCGAUUGCCCAAGCGUUGUGGGAGCUCGUUCAAGAGGACAAGGCCAAAGAUCAGGCAGGUCCAUCGAAUAACCGGUCGGUAGCCAGUCCAUCUGUGACCAAACAACCAACAACAGCCGAGGCUACCGAACCCAGUCAGCGCCAAAACAAAUCUUGGGGCGGGGGAUGGGUUUGCAAUAUCUGCACACUGUUUAAUCAGCCAGAGUUUCUGUGUUGUGAUGCGUGUGGGACAAAGCGUUCUACUGAUAACCACUCCGAUACUUCGGAAUCAUCAGCAUCCAGAGAAAAGAGAGCGAGAAGCCCGGAAGUCAUUGAUCUCACAGAAGAUAGCCCGCGGCCCAAGCCCAGCGCUGCCUCUGGGUCUACCAAAAGAGCAGUACCCGUGAGACAACAGAAGCCUCCAGAGCCAGCCGUUUCCCAGUUUUGGAUGUGCGGAUACUGCGGCCAAGUAAUGGAGCGCCAAUGGUGGACGUGCUCAAGUUGUGGGCAGAUGAAGGAGAGUUCGAAGUGA